GACUUCAGCUUCAAGGAGGGGAGCAGAGUCUGGGUGGAAGCUUCCUCACCUUCUUCUGUCGCCUAGGAAACGAGCGGCAUGUCUCUGCAGUGCACCAAGUCGGCGGGACACUGGAAGAUCGUGGUGUGGGAUGAGGAGGGCUUCCAGGGCCGGCGGCAUGAGUUCACGGCCGAGUGCCCUAGCGUGCUGGAGCUUGGCUUCGAGACUGUUCGAUCUUUGAAAGUGCUGAGUGGCGCGUGGGUGGGUUUUGAGCACGCCGGCUUCCAAGGGCAGCAGUAUGUGCUGGAGCGGGGCGAGUACCCAUCCUGGGACGCCUGGAGCGGCAACACGUCCUACCCUGCCGAGCGGCUCACCUCCUUCCGGCCGGUGGCCUGCGCUAACCACCGCGACUCGAGGCUGACCAUCUUCGAGCAGGAGAACUUCCUGGGCAGGAAAGGAGAGCUGAGUGAUGACUACCCCUCUCUCCAGGCCAUGGGCUGGGAUGGCAAUGAAGUGGGCUCCUUCCACGUCCACUCGGGGGCCUGGGUUUGCUCCCAGUUUCCUGGCUACCGAGGCUUUCAGUACGUGCUGGAGUGUGACCACCACUCAGGCGACUACAAGCACUUCCGGGAGUGGGGUUCUCACGCCCAGACCUUCCAGGUGCAGAGCAUCCGAAGAAUCCAGCAGUGAGCAGAGGGGUCGGCCUGAGCAGGGCGCGUGUGCUUGUCUGGAAUGGAGGCGCCGCGGACGCUGCACCUGCUCUCCCGUCUGCCCGCCCUGUAACCUGUAUGCACCGCUAACCCUGUGGGCCAGUCCACGCACAGUCAGCACGAAAAACUAAAAGUACUGCUAAAAUAAAAGGCCUAGUGUCAGCC